AUGGCCAUCACAACUCGAAGUGGGAAAAUACUUCAAGGAGAGAAUGAACAAGUAAUCGAAGUGGAAGAUUCUGAACAAGAAGUCGAGGCACAAGUUGAGGUGCCAAUUGCUGUUGAAGUUGAAAGACUCCCGAAGAAGGUGAAAAUUCAAGAAGUGAACCAUGAAGAGGUUAAGGAAAAGGUAAUAGAGGCACCAAAAACUCUAGAACCAAUUCCUAGGACUCCUCCCCCUUUCCCUCAAAGACUUGCUAGGAAGGUUGAUAAUAGCAAACUCGAGAAGUUUUAUGACAUUCUCAAUUCCAUCAUUGCAACAACCGCCGUCCAAAAGAAUGAGGAACCGAGAGCCUUUACCAUUCCAUGCACUAUUGAAUUGCGCGAUUUCGCACGAGCCCUUUGUGAUAAUGGGGAUAGCAUCAAAUUAAUGCCCAUUGCUAUUUACAAGAAAGUGGUAUUAGGUAUGCCUAGGCCUACAAGCAUGAGGUUGCAAAUGGCCGAUCGUUUAAUAAAGCGACCGGUGGGAAUUGUUGAUGAUGUUUUUGUGAAAGUGGGGAAGUUUCUCCUCCAUGCCGACUUUGUUAUCCUCGAUUGUGUUGUUGAUAAAGAGAUCCCUAUCAUCUUGGGGAGGUCAUUCCUUGCUAUCGGGAUGGCACUCAUGGACUCGGAACUAAAUGAGAUCAAGUUCUGA